AUGGUGGUGGGUGAGAGCAAACGCACCGCCAACAUCAUGGACGGUAUCGAGAACACCGGGGACGUCCGUCUACACGACCAUCGACUGCGUCUCAAACAGAGAUUUGAUAUCGUAAGGAAAUUGGGACAAGGGACAUAUGGAAAGGUUCAGCUCGGUAUCAACAAGAAGACGGGGCAGGAGGUGGCUAUUAAGACUAUAAAGAAAUGUAAGAUUGAAACUGAGGCUGACUUAAUACGCAUACGAAGGGAGGUACAGAUUAUGUCUUCAGUCAGACAUCCGAAUAUCGUACACAUAUACGAAGUAUUCGAGAACAGUGAAAAGAUGAUCUUGGUCAUGGAAUAUUGUUCCGGUGGUGAACUUUACGACUACCUCAGUCAGAAAAAAGUAUUAGAAGAAGACGAAGCCAGAAGGUGGGUGAACACGGGCUGCCAGACGUCAUGUCUUGAGAUGGCGGAGGCCCUGGCAGCGGAGACUCCCGUGAGACUCGACCUGCUGCUGUCUCUGGCGCCCGCGGCUCCCUCUAGCUCCAACAGUGUCGUUGUACCACCUGAGGCUGACUUGGGUCCAGAAGAGAGUUGUACCGACCUCACCAGUUCAACAUCCAUGGCGGUUGAACCGAGUAACUCGGCUGAGAAGAGAAUAUUGGAAUUAGUUGCUGAAAACUACAGUAAAUUACCUGAAUGUAAAAAAAUAUCGUGUUUCUCAGAGGGCGGCGAGGAUGCCAUUAAGCCGUCACCCACACGCACCCUGGUGUCAGCUGACCACAAGAGGAAAAUGGACUCGCUCAAGGACAGAGUCGCCAGUUGUGCCAGUAUGGGACCGACGCCGCCAGUACUGCCUGAGGAAGACACAAAGCUCGAGUCACCGUCGGCAGAUAACAUCGAAGAUGAGUUACAGACUAUCCAGCCGAAUCUUAAAACUUCGGCCACGAUCACAAUAGCGCCGGCUCCGGUACAACCUCAAGAAAUACACGAACCUGUCAAGAAUAUUGAACCAUCUCAAGAAGAACAGAAGGAGAAACCAAAACAGAAAGUCGUCAAGAAGGUGACCCCGCAGAAGGUCGAGGAGAAACACAAUAAAGUUGAAGAAACUAAGGAAGAUAAGCCAGCUUUAGUGCCCUUAGUGGAUAAGAUCACAGCGGUCUCAACACCACAAGUGGCAGCUAUGCCGUCCCCAACGAAUGUACCGGCUAAACCUAAGAAGUUAUCUAUAGGUGGUCACGUGGGCAACUUUAAAGAACAGUUUGAGAGGCGCGCUUCACUGACUACAGCUCCGGAUGUUAAGAGGAAUGUAACGAAACCUGUUAUGUCCAAGAUCGCUAAGCCUAAGGCUCAAAGCGAAGACCGUGAGCUGAGCGCCAAGUCGGCCGACACUGGCUCCGUGAGGCUGCAACAGAUCGGUAUUGAACCGUCACAGUCGUCGUCAAACACAACCGAGGCUCGUGAGACACGUGGCGUGUUGAAGACGGAGAGCGAACCGGCACACUGUAACACUAGGGUCGACCCCGCGGCGUUGCUGCAGGACGCUAGAAGGAGUCUUCAGAACUCAAUGGCGAAGUUGACGGAGGAGAGACUCGGUGAAGAUAGUCGUAGACGGGCGGCGCGGGAUAUUAUUUCAUCAGCUAUACGUACAGGCAAGCCGCCCGUACCAUACGGUCGUUCGUCGUCAGCGGGUGUGGCGAGCCUGGUGUCGCCUCCUAGUACUCCGCCCGCGCCCGCCGCUACUGGCCCCACCUCGCCGAGGGUCUUCAGAACAGAGGCCAUGCAUCGCGUAGAAGAUCACAGACCCAGGGGCAUGUCUGUGGAGCGUAUCAUACCUAUAACCAUGUCUGGUGAGGAGCCUGCGCCUCGUGGCUCGGUGACGCCGGUGUCUCCGCCCGCUUCACUCACGUCGCCCUCUAGCGGCAGGGUCACACACACACCGAUCAGACGUUUGACGUCAUCGGAUUCUACGACGGCCAGCGAGGCUGGUGGCGAACCUAUCAAGAAGUCGGCCCGCGAGUUCAUUAUACCCAUCGCAGUGGAGGGUAAGGGGUAUGUGACACCCAGACAACGAAGCCUCGAACCUGACACGGCCACGCACCGACGAACUAGACCGAGACGUAUGGGAAGCCUCGUAAGCGGCGGCGAAUCUGAGGAAGAAGACGACGCUCACAUGCACAGACUGAGGUCGACCCGCGCCGCCCGCGCUGAGUCCGUCAGCUCCGGUGAAGAAGACGAAGAGGAUGAAGGAUUCCAUCUACUUACAGCUGAGAACCUCUUCUCAACUUUACUACACAGAGUCCGUGCCCUAACGCAGCGUCUGAACGGUGAGGAAGGUCCAGGUUUCCAACACCCACACUCGCUGUUCAACAAUCUACAGUCGCCGUUCUUCAAUAGACGCGAGGGUUGGGGCAGUCGUGAUCUUCACGCUCCGUUCGAGUCUCUGUUCUCUUCGCGGCCCUCUCGAGGCAGUAAUAAGAAAACCGGCAAGCACCGACCGCAACCCACGCAAAACACGGAGGCGGCGACCGAGGCGCUAGACCUCUCAGACCUGGACUUGACCUCGAUAGAGUUCUCGGAGCGCGAGAUGGCGGCGCUGUCGGGCCUCACGCCGGCCUUGUCGCGCCGCCUGCAGAAGCAGCUCCUGGCGCACUUGCCGCCGCGGGCCGCCGCACGGCUAAGACGCACGCUAUCUCUACAUUCGCCCGCCACCGACUCUACAAUCUCUGCUCCUACCUCCACCAACCCCACUACCGCCAGCUCCGCAGCCACCAGCCCUACGUCUGCUAACAUCGGCUCUUCGACCGACCGUCCGCCGUAUACGCGAUGCCGCUCCGCCGGCCAAGCCGAAGAUACGAUCGUCGAUCACAACGAAACUAUAGCACUCGAACGUCCCUCCGGAAUCGAAAACGAGACGGUACUUGACGAUUUAAAAUCUGAAUCACACUCUGACCUGCCCGUAUCUCAAUUUUGCACGCUGCCUCGCUUGCGGCGACGGUCCACCGUAAUGGCUGAAGCUAAAUCUCCUAGCGAUGUUAUAAACGACAGCACGCAAAUGCUAGAACGACCUUCACAAGAGCCUAUGACCUCUAAAGUUAGUAGUGUGCGUUGCACACCAGAACGUCCUUUACUCAGUAAAUAUCUAGCGCCGGAACGAAAUUACUCAUUAGACGAAACCUGUUCAUCGGAAAGUGGAAGCAUACUUUCUGACCCCAGUUACAUUGCUGCUUAUGGCUCGUCUAACGUAGGAAAUGCUUCCGGUCUUGGUUUUAGAAGACACUCGCUCCGAUUGAGCGGUGAACAAGGUAAAAAACGCAUCUCGAGGUUUCUUCGUUCUGAUUUCUUUGACACCCCAGCGGACGAAAACUUAUAUACUAAGCAUAAAAAAGAAAAGGAGUUAGAAACACAAAAAAUAUUAAAGGAAAUACGGGAAAAGAAAAAUAAAACUUUGGAAAGCGCUAAAAGUCCCACGGAAACAAAUGAAUUUAGGUUUGGUGUGAAGGACGAAGGCUCCGUUAAGAAAUGUCUGUCCCCUGUAGGAAACUUGUUAUUAAAAGAUCGUAGUAGAUCUAACACCCCAUUCUUUCCUAUUUUAGAUAAUAUUAAAGAAAGCGCUCUAGAUUCUACUUCCAUUCAACCUCUUAAAGCAAUACCGCAAGAAACCGAUGAACUAUGUAAAGAUAAAAUAAAAGAAAAUACUUUAUCUAACGAAUCAAAAAUGAUGAGGCCAAAGAGUUAUCCAAUUAAAAAUUUGGAUUCCUAUGACGAUGCUAAUAAAAAUGUCGAAUCAUUGGAAAUGUCUGAUAAAUCUCAAAAUAAAAUCGAGGAAAAGAAAGUCAGUAAGGAAUCUAAACUAAUGCGACCAAAAAGUUAUCCUACGGGCAGUCCUUCACCAGAAAAGAUUUAUAUUAAUCGUAAUACUAAAAAAGAUGAACUGAAUGAUUCUAAAGAUACCCUAAAUAGUAAAGAAGGUAAGCCCGAUAUAGAAGUAAGCUUUAAUCUAACGCUACCGAAAAAAACCAAACCAAUUGUUAAAAAUUCAGAUACAAUUAAGAAAGUUGAAGAUUCAAAUAAUGAAAAUAAAAAAGAUAUAGAACCAACAUUGUAUCUAAAGAGAUAUCAAGUAGUUAAUGAACUUAAAUCGGAAAGUAAAGACGCUAAGGUUAAUCAAAGCAACCUAAUUGAUACCACUACAAAAGUUAAGAAAAGUUUGACUCCAAAAGAUGAUACUAAAACUAACACCACUGAUAAUCAAACAGAUGACAAAAAGGUUGUAAAAAAGAAAGUCAUAAAACGAGUAUCCUCAAAGUCUAAGACUGAUUUAAGUGUUUCUGAUUCCAAUGAACCGAAACCAACGGUCGAAAAAAAGAAAGUUACAAAAAAGGUAAAAGAUAAAUCUUGUGAUGACUCCAAAACGACUGUGACAAAAAAGAGAUCAGUUUUGCAAUCUAUUGGACAUAAAUUAGAAAAAUUCACUUCCUCUAAAUCAAACUCUCCCGAAAAAGUAUGCAAUAAUAGUAAUAUAGUAGGCGGACUAUCUAAAACAUCUAGCGCUUCUAACAGAACUCAGCGAGAACAAUCAGUUCCUGCUAUUGUUGACCCCCCGACGGAAUCGAACCUGCUAAAGAGGGCUGUAACCAUCACUGAUGUGGCUGCCCUUGACAAUAAUCAAAGUAGAGGUAUACAAAAUAAAACGACCGUUUCCAAAGUCUUAGGGUUGUUUAAGAAGUUUGAACCUAAAGAAAAAUUAACCGAACCGAUAAUAGAGUACAAAGUACCUGAAAACUCAGGCAAUGGGUCAAAUUUAAUUAAAAAUAGUAAUACCUCAAAAUCCAAUGUUGAUUCCGAGGAGAAAGCUAAACGACCCACUUCUCUUUUAUUAAAUGGUUUAGGACGUAAGAAUAGGUAUAGCAGGUCGUCAAGUGAUGAUAACAGUAAAGAAAUAGUUGAAAACGAAGACCAGCAAGUACUUAAAAAGAAUGAAGCUGAUACCAAAAAUAUCAGAAAUACUCUCAGAUUAGAUUUCUCACGAUUGCCAAGAGUAAAGAAAAUAGUUCCUACGAAUCCUGUGAUAGAACCUCAAAUUUUUAAUAACUCUGAUAUUGAAAAGGAUACCGAUAUUAUAGAAAAAAAUGGAAUUGUAAAUGACCAUAAGUCCAAUAUAGAUUUAAGUGAUACUCAAACACGGAGUCGAUCUAGAAGUAGAUCGACGUAUUCCAAUUCUGAUAUCAAAUCAGACUUAGGUGUUAAAGAAAAGAAAGUUAUCUCUGAUGUUCCUCUUUCCCCCUGUAAUGUACGGAGUCACGAAUCAAUAACACCUGAAAAGGAAGAUAUCGUAGACAGGAUACGUAGAAAAAGUUUUUAUUCUCGUUUCAAUGAAAAGAAACAAAGGAGGAAAAGCAAUUUGGUAGGACCUGGAGCAGUUGAAUACGAUCCGUUGGCAAGAAUACACUCUCAAGUAUCGGAAUCUAAGUAUGACACGUCUCCGACAUCGCCGGGAGCUUAUGAUUUAUCUCCUGGACUAUCAGUUGGCUCAGAUGUAUCGCCAUCCACAGAACGCUAUAGAUCUCUCUUAACAGAUUUGUCAUUAAACACAAGAAACAAUUCCAGAUACGACGCUGGGAACGAUAAAAUUGAUAUGUAUCGAUCCCUCGACCGAAACGACUUUAGAAAAUAUCCGAGCAGCAAGAGCUACUUAGAUUACGACCAACCGUUAUCGUACACUCCCAACCGAUAUUCCAGGACGAAAUCUUUGUUCGACAGUUCCGAUGCCUCCGAGGAUUAUAAUACAUUCGUCCUUCCUAGAGAAACACAGAAAUAUAAUCGAACCAAUUCCCUAUUCUCACCGGGCAGCUAUGCCACAUAUAGACCCAAAAGAACCAGAAACUCCGCUAUAAUACUUAAGGAGAGCGAAAAAGAGCCCAGCCCCGAGAACAUAUUAGAUAAAAUACGACAGCGAAAAAUAUCAAUCAGCGUUACUAGAAAACCAGAGGUUGAGAAGGAAUCGACGCCGAGAUCCAAUAUCUCAUCAAAAGGCGAAAGCGACGGUUCAGAACGCUCUACGAAAAUUGACUGA